AUGAUGGGUUUCAAAUUUCAUUAUCAAGUUCACUGUCUUCUCUUCUUCUUGUAUGUUGGCUUUAAAGUUGAUUCAACUAUCAUUUGCAAUCCCGAAGACAGUCUUGCCUUGCUCCAAUUUAAGAACACCAGUGCAUUUAAUGUUACCGCAUCUUAUUCUGUUAUGAAUUUCUGUAAUCCUAAGACACUCUCUUGGGUGCGGGGUACGGAUUGCUGCUUUUGGGAAGGAGUGACCUGCAAUAAUUUGACAGGUAAUGUAAUUGGGUUGGACCUCAGCUCCAGUUGUUUGAGUGGUAUCAUCGACAACAACAACACUCUCUUCCAACUUUCACACCUUCAAAGGUUCAGUCUUGCUGAAACUGAUCAAUUUACCCCAAUACCAUCUGCUUUUUGUUGGCUCAGAGAAUUGACGCAUCUUAACCUUUCUAAAUCUGGGUUUUCUGGUUUAAUACCUCUGGAAAUAUCUCACCUAUCCAAAUUGGUUUCACUUGAUCUAAGUGAUCCCAUUCAGCUGAGCUUUGGAAAACAAACUUUCGCGUUGCUAGCACAAAACCUUACAAGGUUAAGUUUCCUCCAUCUUGGCAGUGUUGUUAUGUCUUCAGUGUCUCCUGAUUUGUUGUUGAACUUAUCUUCUUCAAUUUCAAUUCUCUCACUUGGAGAUACAGGAAUGAAUGGGAAAUUCCCAACUGACAUUUUCUGCCUACCAGGCCUUCAUAUACUUGAUUUAUCUAGCAAUAUUAAUCUAGCAGGGUUUCUCCCACAGUCCAAUUGGAGCAGUCCUUUUAGGUUUUUGGAGCUCUCUUACACAAGUUUCAAAGGAGAAAUACCUGAUUCAAUUGGAAACUUGAAAUUCUUGCAAAGAAUGCAUUUUGAAGGUUGUUAUUUCACAGGGACAAUUCCAGCCUCAAUUGGGAAUCUUACUCAACUCAUUGCUUUGUCUUCCAAUUACAAUGCUUUGACUGGUCAACUCCCAUCAUCGACAUCAAAGCUAAAGCAGCUCACUGAUUUGUAUCUUUCACGGAACUCGUUGGCAGGUCGGAUACCAAAUUUUGGUAACCUUAGUAAGCUGAUUCAUUUAGAUCUUUCACACAAUAAUUUCAGUGGUCCUCUCUCUAAUCAUCUGAAUCAGCUUUUGUCAUUAAUCGAAAUAGACUUGUCUAACAACUUUCUUACAGGUAUAAUACCAUUUGAGUUGUUUAGUCUGCCAUCUUUCGUAUCUUUAAAGCUUAGUGAUAACGCAUUCUCUGGUCCUAUUGACCCAUUCCAGCCAUCUAAUUCACUGGAAUCAGUUUUUUUGAACAAUAAUAAGAUAAGUGGUUCAAUUCCAAGUUCCACCUUUGAACUCGUGAACCUCACUUAUCUUGAUCUUUCAUCAAAUAACUUCCGUGGAACUCUCCAAUUGGACAUGUUACUGCAAUUGAAAUUCCUCUCAGAGAUUAAACUUUCCUAUAAUACCCUACUGUCAUUUAAUUUCAAUGCUACUUUCAAAAAUAUCUCAUCCGAACUUGCAACAUUUGAAAUGUCUUCCUGCAAUAUAAAUGGUGAAUUCCCGAGUAACUUGAGAAUCGUAGAGUUUUUAUUCGUUUUAGAUCUUUCCAACAAUAAAAUUCAUGGUGGGAUUCUAAAAUCUGAGUUAGGAGGAUGGAAGAGUUUGGCUCAUCUGAAUCUUGCCCGAAAUUUUCUUACGUACAUAGAGCACCAUCCAUGGAGGAAUAUUGUAAGUCUUGAUCUUUCAAACAACAUGCUCCAAGGAUCACUUUUGGUUCCACCAUUUAAAACUGAAACUUUCCUGGUUUCGAAUAAUGAAUUGACUGGGGUGAUUCCUCCGUCUAUCUGCAAUUUGAGUUCCCUUCUUCAUCUUUCCUUGUCUAACAACAAUUUGAAUGGAAGAAUUCUACAAUGUUUCGGAAGCUUAGCGCUUUUAAUGUUGCACUUGCAGAAGAAUAAUCUUCAUGGUAGCAUUCCUGAUAUAUUUGCAAAUUCAAGUGAGUUGAUAAGUCUUGAUCUUAAUGGUAACAAGUUGGAAGGGCGUUUACCAAGAUCCUUGGUAGAUUGUAUUUGGCUGGAGGUUAUCAAUGUAGGAAAUAACAAGAUACGAGAUGAAUUUCCUUAUUGGUUGGGAACUCUUUCAGAGCUGAAAGUUCUUGUCCUGAGGUCUAAUAGAUUUUAUGGUCCCAUACAGAUUUCCAAAUCUUUAUUCCAUUUCUCCAACUUGCAGAUUCUAGACCUCUCUCACAAUGAAUUCAAAGGUUUUCUGCCCAGAAAAUUGUUUCAAAAUUUGGGAGCUAUGAUGGAUGUUGCUAUUAAUGAACCUGAGGCCCGGUAUAUUGGAGAUUAUUAUUACAAUGAUUCUGUAGUUGUGACAAUGAAAGGGCGGGAUCUUUAUAUGACUCAGAUCAUAACGAUCUUUAAAGCCAUUGAUCUCUCAUACAAUAAUUUUCAGGGAGAGAUUCCAGGAAUCCUGGAAAAUUUCAAAUCACUCAUAGUCCUCAAUCUUGCUCAUAAUAGUAUAACAGGAGACAUACCAUCUGGUUUGGGGAAUUUAAAAGCUCUUGAAUCAUUAGAUCUCUCUUUAAACAAGCUUUAUGGAAGGAUUCCUGUGCAAUUGGGCGGUCAGUUUGACACUUUUACAGGUGAUUACUUCAUUGGGAAUAAAGGAUUAUGUGGAAGGCCAUUGCCAAAGAAAUGUAACAAUGAUCUGAAGCCGCAACUACCACCGCCAGUUUCAGAAGGAGAAGAUGAUAAUACAAUUGAAUUUGUUUGGAAAAUUGCGAUGAUGGGUUAUGGAAGUGGGCUUGUGAUUGGGUUGUCCAUAGGAUACAUUGUAUUCUCAACGGGCAAACCUUGGUGGCUUGUAAAAAUGGUUGAAUCUGGACAACAGAAGAUUGUUAGAAGAUAUGGAAGGAGGCGAUGUUCAGAUGAGACAGGAAGCAACCAGGUGCUUAUAGUCAUGGUUUUGUGUUUGAAUUGUUCUGUUUGUUGA